GCUGCUGUCUUGUGAUUGUAACAGCUUAGUUACAUGAGACUGACACGCAUUCCUAUUGUGUGUUAAUGAGUAUUAGUCAGUGAUAAAGCUCUAGCUAAUAGCUACUGGCAUAUAUUGGUAUAUUCUAUGAUAGAAUGAGUAAUGGGACUGUGAUAUACUCGUUGGUAAAAAAUAGUUCAAACAUAAUGCAUCUUUAAUCUUUAUAAAAGCACUUAAUUUGAUCCUAUGUUGAAGAAAUGGACUGAAUGGUAUGAAAUUUACUUCUGUAUUAAAGCAAAGCUGCGUCCGUGCAUGUGUGACUUGCCAGUCAGGUGUCUGCUGAGCGAAUGGCUGUGCUGUACUAACAGGUGUAGCAAGAUGGCAGAGGGAACUUCCGCUCCUUUUUCGUGAUGCAAAAUUUUGCGGUUAACGCAGCUAAACUUAUUCUUUCUGUUUUGGGCGAACGGCAGUUACAAUACAUUCUGAAAAUAGCUGAGGUUUACGGGCUGUGAAAUAAGUGACAGGGUUUGGGUGUAGCAGCAUGGCCGGAUGUGGGCGUGCCAUUAGGUUGCUAGGCAGCUGUGCUACGCAAUGCAGACAUGGAACCGGAGAAUGUAGCUGUGGGAGGCCAUUAUACAAUAAAUGAUUCACUUGUGAAAGAAUCUACUAAAGUUCUAGUUUCAUGCUUUAAAUCAAAGACAUCUUGUGAUUCAUUGAAUAUGACCUCGGAUAACACUGGGCAUGCAAGCUAUGAUCCAUACAAAUCUUCAGAGUCAGAAAAAAGCACAUCUUUAGGUGCUUAUUAUCCCCAGAUUCCAGGAAGAUACUCUCUCCUCUAUAACAGCAAUAGAAAAUGGGUUCCUGCAUAAAGAUAAGCGUGGUUUACAAAGUCAUACAAAAGUCAUAGAUUUCUGAAGGACUUCCUAAUUCUGCACUCAGGCAUUAACAUGGAUGAAUUUGACAGAAAAAAAAAAUUUGAUUCAAGAAUUUUCAGCUAGAUUGUUCAUUCGCUUUAAUGACAAAUGCAUAUUGUUAGUUUUAUGGUUAUUUCACACAGUGUUUCAUACAGUUAACAUCUGUAAAAAAAAACUUAUAUGAUGGAAUCUUUUUCAGUGCCUCCAAAAUGCAGGGUGCAGCCAUUCAAAAAAAUACAGGUGUGGGAGUUGCUUUUUAUUUUGAAAUAAUAUACAAUU